AUGGGGGAUUACAAGGAAGUUACAAACAAUAACAACAAUAAGGAGAAGCAAGUACCACUGUCUGUAGAUGAUGAAGAUCUGCCGUCUUUGAGUUGGGAUGAGAUCAGAAAGCAUAUGACACCACCGGACUGUUGGAUGGUUAUACACGGUAGAGUUUACAACGUUGCGCCUGUACUGGCGAGUCACCCCGGUGGAUCACAAAUACUAUUGCAUUAUGUAGGCAGGGAUGCGACGUAUCCUUUUGAUGAUGUAGGACAUUCAAUGGAGAGUCUUAUAUUCGACAUGCCCCCGGGCUCGUUAAAGGGCAAAUUAGAAAAUUGUGCAGAGAGCAGGGUACGAGGAGGAUACGUGCGUGGUAGUGAUGGUAAAAAUGAUGACAAUGAAGACAAGGAAGAAGUUGUUGUGACGCAGUCACAGGCCCAAAGUUACAUGGCAAUUUGGAACAGAAUUUACACUGUGCUACUUUACUGCGUGAUAUUGGUUUGUGCAAUCCUAUUAACAUGUCUACGGUGGAGAAACGGUGAGAGACAAGUGUUAGUGAAUGAAGAUAUUCCAUCAUGGGCAUUCUCUUAG